AACACCCGUGUGGUGCCUGAGGCAGCGACACCACACCACCGGCAAAAUCCUAGAGCACUUCUCACCUCCCCUUCCCGUCUCCAUCCAAACCUCUCCCCUCACCAUUGUUCCAGUCCGGUCCACCGUGGUCCUCCGCCUAAAAUGCAGUCCCUCUCUAUCUUCCGCGCCGCCACCCGCGCCGUUCGCCCUACCGGCUUCUUCAGAGCUCCCCAAUUGGCCCGGUCCCGGAUGCAGUCCCCGGUUACUCUGGCCGCCGCCCGCGCCCACAACUUCGGCACCACCUCCAAGCUCCUCUCCGGACACGAGGACGAGACAUACGAGGAGUUCUCCGCCAGAUUUGAGAAGGAAUUCGAUGGUGUGCAGGAUGUUUUCGAGCUCCAGCGCAACUUGAACAACUGCUUCGCCUACGAUCUCGUUCCCUCCGUUGAGGUCCUCACUGCCGCUCUCAAGGCCGCCCGCCGUGUUAACGACUUCCCUACCGCUGUCCGUGUCUUCGAGGGCAUCAAGGCCAAGGUCGAGAACCCAGACCAGUACAAGCAAUAUCUCGAGUCCCUCGAGGGUCUCCGCCAGGAGCUCGGCGUCGCUCUUCGCGAGGAGCUCUACCCCCAGGAGGAGUAAAUUCGCAUCACCAAUUCUCCUUUCGCGUCAAUUUUCUCUUGAACAAACAGUACCCUUUCGCAUGUUGUUUAUCCAGCACUGUUUGACUGGCUGAGGAGCAGGUCGGGUAGAAGAGAAAACUGUAUUCAUAUCUAGAGAUCUCUUAUGUUGUUAGUGCCGCUCUUAUUUGGAACAAGG